CCCCCCAGCCCCGCGCCCCCCCGCCCCGCAGAGCGAAGCGCAGCAAAAGGCAAACUGUCUCCCCCGUGUCCAGCCCCCCCCAGCCCCGCUGAGCCUCUCGCCGUCAGCGAGGACCUGCUGCAAACCCUGCCCGGGGUUGCCUCGGGGUCCCUGCAAGCAGGGCAGGACCCGGCUGCCUCCCCAGCCCCGGGGAGGAGGAGAGAGGGGUCCCGAGCAGGACAGCAGCCCAGCGACCGCCAAGGGUCACCCCAGGGCUGCUCGCUGCCAGCCCCGAGCUGAAACCUCCCCACAACCCUGGGGUGCCCCGGACAACUCCAGUUGUUUUUGCAACCGAAAUCAAAGCAGCAACCGACUGGGAAGGCGGUUGGAGGUGCAAACAUGUCAUCACCCUUGUUGUUUUGUUUCUGUCCCAUUUCAGGCUCGUUUAAGCAGGUCCGUAACAGCCGAUUCUGUGCAUAACAGGGUGCCAAAGGCUGCAGCUCCCCCUGAGCACGUGGUGUUUUGUUCUCGGCUGUCCCGCAACACGGCCACAGAGCAAGGGCUGACUCAGCAGCUGACACGGUGGCGAGCGCUCGCCUGCCAUGGCAAGGUCAUGACGCUCGGCACCGAUGCACCAGCCGCUGCGUUCAGCUUCUCUCUGCCGGCCGCUUGCUCUUCCUGGACCACAGCUGGUGCCUGCCAACCAGAGAAGCCCCGCUGCUUGGAAGCAAGACUGAAAGCUGCAGGAAAGAUGAGGAUUGCAGGCUCUGGGGGUUUCCCAGGCUUUCCUGGGUGGCUGGCAGCGGUGCAGGAAGGUGCCUAAGACCCAACUGCACGGGAAGGCUGAAGCCCCCCUCCCGCCGUGGUCCCUGCAGGACAGAGGGGGCUCCGCUGCCUUUGGUGACGAGGUCUCUGCUUUAUGCUACAACUAUCAAACCGGCGCUGAAUUUGCUCCCAGCACCGGGACGCCUUCGCCCUCGCUGCGAGGGCCGGCCCUCACGCUCCUGCCCACCCAGUCGUCCUCCGAAAGAAAUGAAUCCCCAGUCACUGCAGCGAGCGAUUCCUGCCCCCGGGGAGCGGAUGAACCAGCCCCCCCCGGCGCGUCCUUGCUUGCUGCCACCCCGCUCCCAUCGCAGCCCGAGCGCGUCUCUGCGCCGACACAACUGGGUCAGCCCCUCUCCGCCGGCUGCGGGGGGGGCAGGGGGGGCCACAGACGAUGCGCUGGCCGUGAGGAGGUAUCGUUGUGGCCCCCCUCGCCACGCCGGCUCAGGAAAGGCGAGCAGGGGAGUGUCGCUUCCCCUUCGUCCCUGCGAACGGGGAGGUGACCCCCCGCUCCUGGAACCGGGCUCGGAGAGGCCACGGGAAGGAAGUCGGGGUGGGGGGGGGGUGUCACGUUGUAUGUUCCAGCAGGUCACAGCGCUGGGCGUGUGGUUUUCCUCCCCCUCCGCUGCAAAACGCCGACCGCAGCCGGGAAGGCAAGGGGCAGGGGUUCCCGCUCUUAACCUGGGAACACCCCGACUUGCUUGGGCAGCAAUAGCCCGAGCUGCCAAAUUUGAAGCUCCUUCGGCCCCUCGGCGACUCCCGUCUCCCAACCCCGGCGAGGGGUCAGUGCCUUCCUCCUCCUCCUCCUCCUCCUCCGUGGCGGGCAGGGACUGGCUCCUGGGGGAUCGAUACGGAUCACGAGCCAGGAAUGCGGUCUCACGGCACGGAGGAGGAACUGCGACGUUACCCCGUGGCGUUGUCCUUGGCCGGCCACAGAAAAACGCCGCAGGGGCCGGAGCAGGGCACCACCUGUGCCUACCCCGGGGUUUACGGGGCAGGCAGCCCCACAACAAGCCCGGCCGGCCCGUCCUGCACGCACACGGGGGCUGGACGUGCCGACGGACACAAGCAGGGAAGCAGCAGGUCUGCAGGGGCAACUCAACACCCCCCCCUGCGCCCCGAACCCCGCGCCCGAGCUGCGGCUCCGUCUCCGGAUCCCGGCCUGGCUGCUCACAGUGCAAAGGGCGCGAGCGAGGCGCAAACACCCGCCCUGUGCUUGUCUAAAUAACCUUUGCCACCUGAAUCAAUACUUUCCCCCUAAGUUAUCAGCCCACGUGGAAACAGGGCAGCUGUGAUCCACAGCAGAGGAAGGUGAAUUUGUUGGGCUGCCUUUGCUAAGGAGGCCAGCUGCAAAUUGUUCCGGGGAGGGUUCCACUGGUGCUGCCCGUCCCCAGCCAGUCGCCACCAGGCACCCAGCGCACGGGGCAGGGCUGCUCCCCUGCUGGGCCUGCCCUACAGAAGUGGCCCGAUUAAAAGGCCGCUGCACAUUUCCAUUUAUAAAGCACGCAUCAGAGAGAUCGACAGCAAAGGGGAGAGCUGCCUCUGCUCCUUACUUCAUCCCUCCCCGUCAAACCCAGGACAGGCCCUCGGGAUCUGACACAACCAGGCUGCCCAAGCCCGGAUCCUGCUGCUGGGGAAAUGCAAAUUGCUGUCUGGGGCUGCUGAUAGGAGGGAUGGAAAAAUCAGAGGGAAGGAUGGGGAGGUCUGAGGCACGAGGAGCUCCGAGCUGUGAACAGCAACUUCUGCAAGGUUACCACGAAAAAGAGAUUCAGCUUCCCUUCCCUUCCGAGUGAAAAAAAAAAAAAAAAAAAAAGCCUCCUGCCUUCCUCGGCAGCACCCCGCUCCCUCCUGCCUGGGUCGAGGGGUUAACAACGGCUCAUUACAAUUUUUAUAGAGAUGGGGAAAUGAUUGCCCACUGAAGGGUGAGCAGAGCCUACGUUAUUAAAGGAGAAGAGGUGGCUGUGGAAGGGACACCAGGCUCCUGCAAAGCCGGCUGUGGCUGCGUGAUCUGCUCCCCGCCAAGCAGGCUGGCUGCUCCCUAACGGUGCAGCACGCUUCACCCCACCGGCGAUUACAGGUGGCCUGCAAGCAGGAAUGCAGCGGGCUGCACGUCCAUCGGUGCUUCUCCCUUCCUUCAUCUCCAAGGUGGAAGUAAUUCACAGCGAGCAGACGCUCGGUCGAUCCCCUCGCGUUACAUGCCCGGCUAGCACAAACAGAUUUGUAAGGAGCGUCUGAAGUUUUCCCGGCAUCACAUUUCCCAUUUGUAUAACGACAAAAAACGGCUUGCCAACAGCCCAGUGGAUUUUUCUAGCCUGGGAUGUGACAGGCAGCAAAACCCAAAGCUGUCCAAGCUUACAGAUGCUCUUAAAAUUGCUGCUCUGCUCAUCUUUUCAGGGCGCUGCAUCUUUUCAGGGCUCUGAUCCCUUCUUCAGCCUUCAAGGACCACUAUGUCAGCGACUCUGGAAAGGUUUGCCAGGCGUGAAGGGCGAGCUGUCCUGCUUGUAUGGGGCGGGAAAGGAAACAGCACUGGCCAAGAAAGGUCAGCAUACUCGGUUUGAACAAGCAAGAGAUGCCACAGAACGCUCAGGCAGGGCAGCCUGGCCUGUUUGGGGGGGGGUGUGCUCCAGCUGAGAGAGAUGGACCCUGAUUCAGGCUGAUUCCACCAACUGUGGAAGGAAACAGUGUGUCCCGGCGACCGGCAGGAGAUGGUCUGGCUUUUAGUGGUGGUACUACCCCCAUCAGCCCAGUUCAGAGCAGCGAAAGCCCAAAGCUGUUCCCACACUCGGCAGCCGCCCAGGACAUCUGUGCAGGGCAAAUUCUCACCCCACGUCCCAGCGGGACAAGCCAGCCAAGGUGCCACAGACAGAAACAGGGCCCUUCCCUGGAGGUGGGUUCUCCAAAAGCGGCUGCGGCUCCUGACGGGGCUUCAUGGGGGAAGCUCACCCUCCUCCGCCGCAGACAGAGCGUGGUACGCGGCCUGGCUCUGCCUCCAAGGCUCCUGGCACGGGGCAUUUCACUGGACGGGGCUCUGACCGUGACAUUCACCGUGCCGCAGACGGCAUCAGCGAUGAUCCGGCUCCGGCACACCCGCACGCGAUGUAAAUCACUCACCUCCUUGGAUUUCAGGGAUCUCAGAGGAACACGCCCUGUCCCCCUCCGGCACUCCUACCGAAUCGCUCUACUUGUUCAAGGGCAAGUGUCCAGAAACAGAUCAGGGCAGAUCUGAUGGAGAAGGGGUGUUGUGGAAGGGUGCAAGGCCAAACUGAAAACACCCAGCAGUCAUAAAAUAUCUAUUUGAAAUACAAAAUCCAAUCUGUUGGAAUGCAGAAGCUCCGAGUUCCUCCCGCAGAGUAGAAGAACAGCUUACAAUAAAAAUACAUUUUAUGAGCUGUCCAGUAAGCUGGUUACGUUUUCCCAGAGCUUAGCGAAGCACUUGUAGUGGAAAUGCUGCUUCUGAUCUUAUUAUCCUUCCCUGCAGUGCAUGUUAUUAACUUUCUGUUUUAUUUACAGCAUCGCCAUUUACUUUUACGAUACUUCCAUUAACUUCAUUGGAGUGCACAUUGCUCGAUGCACACAAUCAACGCCCAGCGCUGCCAUAAUCUUUAAUGCACCUUGCCAGCUGUUCUGGUGUUUGCAUACAUCUUUACGCAGGAGAAGGGGAGGACAGAUGCAGCUGGAACAUGUCAUUUGAAGAACGGAACAAAAAAACAUACCUCCCAAUUUGAGACUUUUUUUUUUUUUUUUUAAAAAAAAAAAAAAAAAGAAAACAGGACAAAGGCAACUGCGUUUCCUCAUGGGAGUGCUGCGUUAGGCCGGUUCACGCUGCAUCUGUGCCACUAGCCGGGGAGAAGAAAAAGCACAGCCAGACUCUAGCUGGCCUUGAAGAACUCACGAGGUUCCUAGCAGAGCGCGCUAGGUGCUCGCAGACUUACCUGUCUCCCUGUGAUACCUAGAGCAGCUACUGGCUUUAUGUAUCCCUAAGAAUAAAUCCUUCCGAAAUCCCACAGGUUUGCCAAACUCUCUCUGUAGCACACGAUGGGGUGCCUACAUGUAUAGGAAGCAGUGGGAAAUGCUGGACUACUACUGGGUAAAGUCCC